AUGGGAGACUCAUUUCAAACUCCUGGCUUGAUAAGAAACUAUGAAUCGACUAGUAGUAGGAAACGUUUGAUUGCUUCAGCCGCAAAGUCCUUGUCACCAAUAACUUCAAAGCAAAUAGCUUCAAUAAAGCAUGGUAGAUUUGGAAGAGGGACUGCUGCUCAAGUAGCAUUGUUUUUACUAAAAAUUGCUGCACUAGAGAUGGUUCGCAGGUUCUCAAGAGCCAGGUGUCCAUUUUUAUGGUCUGGUCUGCAAGUUUUGCAAGUUCUCUGCUAUUCACCAUUAAAGUGGAUUCAAAGAUGGAAACCUUUGAAGGUUUUGGUCAAGGGCAUGAAGGUAUUAUCAAGGCCAUUAUUAGUUCUGUCUAUCACGACUGCUUUCUCUGAUCAAUCAGGGAGCUGUAAUGUUACCUCAGAUGGUACCGAAGAUUCUAUUGGCCUUAAUGAUUCUCCUGCAGUUCCAGAAUCGCAUGCUGAGUUUCCAUCUGUACAAUCUACUCUGGAUACAAGGACUUGUGAUGAAGCCCAACAAAACCUAUCAUCUCCGAAUUGGUUGCUUCGGCUUCAUGCAGAGCUGGGAAAACAGGGGAUUAGUUUACCAGAAAGAAUUAAUGAGGAUGAACUCCACAGAUUUUAUAAUGCUGCAAAUGGUGAUUUUCCGUGCAUGCUGUCAUCUGUUAAGAAAACAAUCCGUUGGAGGGAGACUUAUAGAAUUCUAUCUAGAAAAGAACUUAAGAUGUGGUCCAGUAUGGUCUUCUGGCAUGGAGUUGAUUUGAGCCAUCGACCUUGCCUUAUUGUCCGCCUUGGGCUAGCUUGCAUCAGUUUGCCAUCUAAUGAAAGACCUCGCUUUGUUCAAGCUGUUGUAUCUCAGGUGGAGCACGGGAUCCUGCAUUUGGUUGACAGCGAAAAUCCUCAAAUUACAGUUUUAGUUGAUUGUGAACGGCUGUCUCCUCUGCGAUUGCCCAUGCAAAUGGUGAGAACGUGUUCUGUUCUUCUGCAAGAUCACUUCCCAAACCGUCUUGGCUCUCUCUUUGUUAUACGGCUUCCUCCUGUUGUUCGUAUCAUGGCACAAACUUUUAUUCAAGUACUGAAACCUGUCACUAGGCAAAAGGUGAAAGUUGAAGGGGAAAUGUACCAAAAUGUUCUUUCCGAGUACCUUCAGACACUCCCAUCAUAUCUUGGAGGGGAAUGCACGUGCAUGACAUGUGGAAACCUUAACAUGGGCAACAUGCAACAACCUUGUAUUAACGGGGAGACGAAUGAAGGAGAGGCAAAUGCCGAUUUCAGUAGUGGUGAGGAUCUGCUAUCCCUCCAUCCAAGUAGUCAAACCGAUAUGCACAUGAAUAAUAACUGUGACCAGGUCUUGAGAUCUGCCAUGGUUGGUAUCCUCAUCUUCUCAGUUUUGAUUGCUUUCUUUGCUGGAUUUUUUGAUCCUGAAACUCGUCCUGUUUUACCCCCCUUGAGGUAA